UCAGACCAGGCAAGGAUACGGGUGUUGUCUAAAAUUCUGUUCAGUUCAGUCACGAGCCAAAAAUGCAUUUGAAAUUUGUUUUGUUAUCAGUAUUAGUUUUGGGUCUGUUGGACUCCAUAACGGCCAAUACGCCAAGGACUUGCUAUUCAUGCAAGGGCAUCAACUGCAUGCGCACCUCGGUGGCACCAACCAAACAAUGUUCGGAUCCCUUGGAUUUUUGUGUCACCGUCUUUGAGAAAUUCAAUGUUGUGCAAAAGGGGUGUUCGUAUGAAGUACCAGAACAUCUGCGUCGUCGCUGUGAUGCCAACACUGCCGAAUGCCAUAAAUGUAAUACGGAUCGUUGUAACAAUUUAGGUCAAGCUGAAUUCAAAUGCAUUCAAUGCGAUUCCAGCCAGGACUCUAAAUGUUCUUCAGCUCCAACUGAUUUAGUGGCAACUCGCUGCGGAUCACCAACUGCACCCAAUUCCUAUUGCUAUGUCCAGUACGAUGGCAAUACGGUCAAGCGUGGUUGUUCCACAACUGUGGCUGAUCAGCAAUCCUGCUAUGCCAAUGCCAACUGUAUGUUGUGCCUGGCUGGCGAUAUUAAUGCCUGCAAUGCUGCCGACUUUACACCUGGAUCCAGGGCUUUCCGUUUGUAAAUUUUUGGAGGGUUUGAUUAUCAUUAAAAAUGUUUAAAUUCAAAAACAAAUGUAAAAUAAUUGAAAUCAAUAUUGUUUUGAAUUAAUUUAAUGAACUUGAAUAAUGCCA